CACAGGUUCCUCUCACCUACUGAAUGGGGCCUCAUCGCCCAUGGCAUAGGCGGCAUCCGAGACCGAGAGCAGCACCAGCCAAUCCAUCCAACCAGCUGGCUAUGGCCGCCCAAGGGAAUGCCUCGAGGCUUGUACAAAGACACUGUCACUCAGCGCACCAAGUUCUUCUAUCUGUAUCACAUGUCAAGUGGCAUCCGAUGGAUCUUGAUGUUGCUGCAGCUCUUCAUUGGCGCGACAUUGACGGCUCUCGGCUCCAUGUCCUUCAAACAGGGCACUCCAAUCACGAUUCUCGGAGCCGCAAACACCGUCAUCGCUGGUCUUCUCGCCUUUUUGCAAAACAGUGGACUGCCUGACCGAUACCGCUAUGACAAGUCUGAGUUUGAAGCACUGGAAGAUCACAUCAAGGAGAUCCUCGACUCUGGCAUUGCUCCCGCUGAUCAAUCGAAUGACCAAAUUCUUGCCGAAUGCUUCGACUUGUAUCAAGACGCCAAGGCAACUGUGAGUGCAAACUUGCCAGCAAACUAUAUGCCUCGAAUCACUCAACAAGGAAGCCAAAGGCCCAGAGCCCAGCCCCAGCCAGGAUCUCAUCCGACCACGCCA